AUGGCCAACCCAGCCAUGAGGUACCAGCGGCUGAGCUCCAGGGACGACAGCGCGGCGGCGGCGCUGACGCUGUGCCAGGGCAGCCAGGAGCUGCGCGAGGCGGGCGUCGUGGAGGGCGCCCUGGCGUCGCUGGAGGAGACCAAGGAUGUGUUGAGCAGGCUGCACAAGAUGAGCACAUUUGAGAGCAUGAGUUUCGACCCUGUGGAGAAUGAUGUGGAGCGUUCAGCUCAGCUGCACCGAAGGCAUUGGGACUAUUUCAACGAAGAGGCCUGGAGAUGGGCAAUUUCUGCACUCAUUGGCUUCUUGAUGGGGUGCAUCGCCUUUCUGGUGGACCUGGGGAUUGAGGUACUCAACACAUUGAAGAUCAGCACAGUUCUCCAGGUCAUGGAUGUAUACGGUGGUGUAUGGAUGCCGUAUUUUGCAUGGGUUGCCUUUCCAGUCCUGUACGCCCUUGUGGCCGGUGCUCUUGUGUCGUAUGUGGAGCCCCUUGCUGCUGGAAGUGGUAUUCCUGAGAUCAAGGUGUACCUCAAUGGAGUCCACAUAAAGGGUCUGCUGCACAUCAAGGCCCUCGUUGCAAAGCUGUGCAGUGUGAUGUUUACCAUUUCUGCAGGGCUGGUGGCAGGCAAAGAGGGACCCUUCGUGCAUGGGGGAGGCAUUGUGGGAGGGGGCUGUGGGAGCAUGGGGUCCAAGUUCAUCACCGAGCUCAGAGGGGGAAAGGAAUUCAAGACAGCUAGGAAACAUGGUGGCUAUUUCAGAAAUCAUGUGGAUCACAGAGAUUUUGUUGCCAUUGGGACUGCAGCAGGAGUUUCCACAGCCUUUGCAGCUCCAAUUGGUGGUUUGUUGUUCACAAUUGAGGAAGGUGCCUCAUUCUACUCCCUUGCCACAGUCUUGUGGCGAGGCUUUCUGGCAACUUCAACAGGGCUCAUCACUUUGCAUUUCUUGGCAGAGAUGUAUGACCAACCUGGGUCGGCAAUGUGGGAGGCCAAGCUUGGGGUCAAGCGUGACUUUGGGCUCUACAGUGAUGGUGAUGCCAGCUAUGGACGCAACCUGUACUACUUCUUGUGGGAAAUGCCCAUCUACAUUGUGAUUGGAGCUGUUGGUGGCCUGUUGGGCGCUUUGUUUAUAAAGACCAAUGUGAAGAUCACACAGUUCAGGCAGAGGUUCAUACCUAUAAGGUUCUCCCAUCGCAGGCUGGUGGAGGUGGUGUUUGUUGCAUGGGUUACCAGUUCUGCAGCCUUCCUUCUGUGCUACGUGUCUCCGUGCGAUGAUGUGCCAGACAACAUCGAGCAGUUGCAUUUGCAUAGCUCAUCAGAAAACUUUUUUGGUGGUGGGGGUGUGGAAGGCAAUCCCUAUUUUCCACAACUGUGGUGCCCAGAUGGCCAAUAUAGUCGAUGGGGUCAAGUUUUUGGGGCGCCUCUGACACAGGCCCUUCGAUUGGUAUUCCACCUGGGAGAGACCCUACCCAAUGUGGGAUCGUUCAAUUUCAAGGUCGACUCGUUGGCACUGCUGUUCCUUUACACAUACCUGUUCAUGACAUGGACGUUUGGCAUUGGGGCGGCCACUGGCCUUUUUGUUCCGUCCCUGACAGUGGGUGCAACAAUUGGGAGAUUGGUUGGCAGGGGUGUGACAGUCCUGGUGCAGGAACUUGGAAUUUCUAAAGUUCGUGUGUCCCUUGGAGCAUAUGCCAUUGUUGGUGCAGCAGCUUCACUCGGCGGUGCGACCCGAAUGACAAUCUCUAUAGUGAUUCUUGUGAUGGAGACGACUGGUGCUCUGGAGCUUCUGGUGCCCAUCAUGGUAGCCACAUGGGUGGCCAAGAUGGUGGGGGAUUCCUUUGGCCUUGGCAUAUAUGACACACAGAUUGAGCUUCGAGGGGUGCCAUUGCUGGCAGAGGAUGCAAUGGAGCCUGAGUCCCGCAUUGUGCAUGAUGAGUUGUCAGUCAACGAAUUGAUGGCAUCUGAAAUGGUGUGCCUACCUCCCACCAUUAAAGUCGCUGACCUUGCAGCCACUCUGAGAAAGUUCUCCCAUGGGGGAUAUCCAGUCAGCACAGAGGUUGAGUGCCCUAUCCGAGCGCAAAAGGGCCCCGUCCAGAUCGAUGGCCUCAUCACAAGAUCCCUGCUGCUCAGGCUCCUUCAGCGAAGGAUUGGUUUGGUGCCCCAGGAACUGGAAGGUGCAAGCACAGGUAGGUACAGCCUGCCCCCAAGUGACAAAGAAAUAUUGGAGCUUCAAGACCAGCUGGAUGCCUAUCCCAUGAGACUGUCAGCAAAGGCCGACCAGGAGAAAAUCCUGAGUGCCGUGCCAGCAGAAGUCAUGGAGAGGGUGCUUGAUCUAAGGCCCUUCAUGCAGCGUCAGCCGUUCUUUGUGAACAGCACUGCCAGCCUCACUCGUGCAUAUCGCCUGUUCCGGACCAUGGGACUUCGGCACCUUCUUGUAGCCCCUACAAAGCCACUUGGGAUGGGCAUAUUGACAAGAAAGGAUAUCAUCAAAGAGAAUGCAAAGGUUGCCCUUGGAGAGAAGGCCAAUAGGAUUGUUAGUGGCAAGAGCAGGAUGAAGAAAAAAUUCACCAGAACAAGUACUCGGAGGCUUGUGGAAUUUAUGCCUGGCAUUGACACUGCUGCUGAAACUGGAACUGCCUUGUCGUUUGCCCCGCACUCCCUCAUGCGUCAAAUCACCCGCCGCAGGGGAUCAUUAGUUCGACAUGCCACAAUUGUGGAAGACAAUGUGGCUGGUGUGGAAGACGAUGGUGAAGUGGUGUGA